AUGGCCGCGCGGGAAGCUGACGGAGACGGACGCUGGGACAGCCUGGCUGCGGACAGGGGCAGUGAGGGGGCGUCGGAGGGAGGUCCAGCCUCGGUGCGCAAGUCUGGGUGCUACGGGCACACGGGCUUCAGCGGGGCAGCUGGGAAGGAGAAGCCCCCGCCCUACGGGGAACGGCUUCCGCAGAGCCUGCUGGCCCAAGGCUCGGGGCCCAGCCACCUGCCCCGGAGAGCUGGGCCCGGUGCCCUGGCCUGGGAAGCCUGGAGCACCUGUGGGAUCUUGAAGGGAGUAGAUACUGAGAAAGGAGGUGACCCGGCUCUGCCUUCGGGGGGAGCCUGGUCUCAUGGAGGUGGGAGUGUGGCAGCGCAGUCCGGGACAGCUCAGAGCAUCGUUAUUCCUAACGAGCAUUGUCAUCAAUAUGAAUACCCGCAUGUGGACUCCUGGUCCUCCUCCUGCUUAUUUGCUGCUUGCUGGAUCCUCAUCUCCUCCCCCAGACGGCCUGCCAUGGCCCCAGCCAGGCUGCCUUGUCCAGCCUCACUGGCCGGCACAAUGCCCGAGCUCCCCCAGCCUGACCGAGAGAGAGCCGCGUGGUUCCACCCGGCCUGCACUGUCCCACUGCCCUCUAGGCUCUGUCCCUUCUGCACGUCCCUCCUGAUGGGACUGCAAGAAACUGACUGGAACGGGUUCUGUGUCCACACCCCAGGAAUAAAUGAGAGAUCAAGGCAAAGCGGCUGGGGCACAGUCCAGACAGCAAGCAGGACUUUCCGGAGAUAUUCCGGGGAAGCACCCGGCACCGUCCCCUGCCUCCAGACUGUGACUGUGUAAUUCUCAAAACCCCUGGGUUUCCAGGGAGGCCAGAAAACCACCAGUCCCUCCCAGAGUCACCACCAGAGUCUGUGGGCCCAGAGCACUCGCCAGACAUUGGGCCACACGAUGCUGAGACUUACUCUGACGGGAACCCAGAGAAGAAAACUCACUGGGAUUCCAUUCUUGAGACUUGGCGGCUUAUAAGAGGAUGACUAGAGCAUCACUACCUAAAACCUGGAGAGACUCAGGAGGAACUGAGUCAGGAGGGACCCGGUGUCUCCUGAAUAGAUUUCCCAGGGUAUCCUGGGAGACAGGUUCACGGGAAUUCUGUGGAUGACAAGCUAGGAACUCUGUGGUCACCCUGAAGGUGACCAGGGACACAUAAAUGAUCUCAUUUUUCAGUGAGCAGAGGAGCUGGCCUCCCACUCUGGCAAGGCUGGGGAGAGACACAGAGAGCAGCACAAGAAGCCGAAAGGAGACGAGAGAGUUUGUGCCGCUAGUGUCUCCACGGAAAACCAGGGAAGAAUCAGGACUGUUCUUGGGAUUCCCUCUCCGGAGGCAGCAUCUGGGUGCACAGCCAUCUGCUUGCAUGGUGACAUAGCCCACCUAAAAUUUACCAGCCUGUUGUUAAGUGCAGCCAUUAUUAAAAUUAAUUUCUAUAAGUUUACAAUUAAAUGACA